CAGAGGACGGAUGGGCGAACUGUGAGUAGUUUUGUUAUCUACCCAGAUGGUUACCCGGGAGAUGUGACAACAGAGGACGGAUGGUGGACGGUUAUUCAACAGCGACAAGACAACUCAACUGAUUUCUACAGGACUUGGGUCGAGUACAAACAGGGAUUUGGUGAACCUGGUAAAAUCAUUGGAUAGUACAGGAACACAGUUACCACUGAUACACAUAGAUGUCUUAUCACAGGAGAACUUCACGGUCCACAUGGAUGGUGCUUGGUGUAGUUACGAGAAGACUGGGGAGAUUGGUUUCAGUAUGGUCCUUUACCUGGCGUUAAUGUGUGUUGUUUUUCCCUCCAUAUCUGUCUCCCAAAAAAGCAAUGCACAGAACGAAAUAGUAAGAUUGGUGGACGGUAAAAACCCAUAUGAAGGGCGGGUUGAAAUCUCCCAUUCUGGUAUCUGGGGGACCAUCUGUGACGAUAAAUGGACGGACAGAGAAGCCGGGGUCAUAUGUCACAUGAUAGGGGCAAUGAGAGAAAAUGCCUCAGUUAGGAAAUUUUCAAAGUUUGGAAAUGGUGUCGGAAGCAUAUGGCUUGAUGAAGUCUCUUGCAUCGGGAAUGAAACGUCCAUCGUAGAUUGUUCUCAUACAAUGUGGGGAAUCAAUGACUGCACUCAUGCGGAGGACGUCGGCGUCAUUUGUGUCCCUCACAGUGACACAACCAUCAAUCCUUCUCCCGUGACGACACUUCCAAAAUUUUAUGUCGCUCCGCAGGAAAAUAUAGUUCCUUGGGGACACUCUUUCCAGCUGAUUUGUUUUACACCAUCAGAUAAUAUUCCGACAUCAUAUGGUCAAAUAGUAUGGUGCAAAAAUGAUGUUAUAUUCUUCAACCAAUCCACGGAAUCACACAACUCCACCAGCCAAUGGACUUACAGUGUUGACCACGCCUUAUCAAUACAUACAGCUACUUAUACAUGUGGAUUUGAACAAUGUCAAAAGUCAUUGGCAACCGUAGAAGUCACAGAGAUUCCAGAGAAUGAAUGCAAACUGGUCCAGGUCCAGAGACCAGAUUGUGAAAUGGACAAAAUAAACGAAGUUGGAGCAGAGAUUAAUCUCCUCGCUGAAGGAAUGACAAAACCCAGUGACAUUCAUCACGUGAUCAAGACGGCGUUACCAAAAAUAGCCGCCGUUGUUAAGGACGGUAUAACAAAUGCUCAGAGCUUGGACAGAACAGUGGACAUUAUACACAAAAUGGCUACCAAAGCAGAAGCCUCAAACGUGACAUUGCAUCCCAAGACGUUUGUGACAUUAGUGGAUCACUUAUUGUCUACCAAUCGGACCACUGCCUGGCAGAACAAAUCCACACCGGUUGAAUCCAGUGUUAAUAAGAUAUUACAAGCUGUGUCGACCUUUGGUAAUGUAGUAGCGAAGACGGUCACGCUAAAUGAAAACGUAACGUUCACUACGGAUAAUUUUGUUAUGACGGUAGCCAGGGAGACUAGGGACAAAAGCAUUCAAUUCCCGGAAGAGGAGGAGUCUGAUGGGACAUAUUUAGUGCUCCCCCCACAACUACAAAUCAACCAAUCAGAUUUCAGCUACGUAGCUACUAAAUUCAAGUCAAUUUCAGAAAUUCUCUCUGGAGGUGCAACUUCAAUCAAUACUAUGGUGGACGAUUCGGUAGUUUCUGAUGUCCUGGCCUUGUCUCUAAAUGGGGAGAAACAACACUUCAAUCUAAAACCGGGACUACAUCUGAGUUUCACCCAUCCUAAACACGCAAGAAAGAGUUUCUUCCAUCUUAAACACGAUAUGACUAAAGCUGGUACUGAAUGCGUGUACUGGAAUGCAAAUAAAACGAAAGGAAGUCAUUGGUCAACAGAAGGUUGUGUAGCAACCAGACCAGGGGAGAACGUAACAGACUGCUUGUGUGACCAUCUGACUAAUUUUGCGGUACUUGCAAGGCCAUACCAAAAGGAAACAGACGAACCAGAGGCCCUGAAGUGGAUUUCUCUGAUUGGAUGCUGUAUUUCUGUCUUUUUCUGUGUCAUCACUGUUGUUAUUUUUCUAGUGCUUUGGAGAUUCAUCAGAUCUGACAUGAAUUUACUGGUCAUUCAUCUGUGUUUGAGUAUCGCCCUGGCCUACACGCUGUUUGUUGCCGGCGUGGAAAGGACAGAAAAUAAGGUCACGUGUUUGAUUAUCACAGUGUUUCUACAGUACCUAUUCCUAGUUGUCUUCUGCCUCAUGUUGGACAUCGGGAUAUACUAUUUUGUACACGUGACCCUUGUAAAAAUAUCCUUUCUCAGUGCCAACAGAUUUACAUCCAAAUCCAGGAAGACCCUAUUCCUUCUCAUUGCUUACGGUCUUCCCGCUGUUAUUACUGGCAUCACAUUAAGUCUGACGUACCCAUCUAACUACCAUCCUAAAAAUAUAUGCUGGUUAUCGUAUGACACUGGUGCUCUUUAUGGAUUUCUAGUUCCUGUUGCGUUUGUUGUUUUGAUAAAUUUCAUCAUCGUAAUUACCUUGGUCGUUACAAUGUAUUCAACACAACUGGCGUCCACCGGCACCAUCAGACGGAAAGCAGUAAUGGGUAUCCGCAGUAUAUCGACAUUACUUCCGGUUAUGGGAAUCACUUGGUUAUUUGGCUUUCUUUCCAUCAGUGAAGAUGUUAUCGUAUUUCAGUACAUAUUUGCAAUCCUGAAUUCUCUACAGGGAUUUUUCAUAUUUUUAUCAAAUUGUGUUUUCAAUAAAAAGGUCAUUGAAAUAAUAACAAGAAAAUCUCCAAAACAGUCCACAAUAACACACAGCUCACAAGACAAGAUGUCCUUUGUUGCAAACAGUGAAGUUGGAGAUGAGAUUUUAAAUGAGAUAACCAAAAAGCUAUCAGUUAAGAAAAGUGGCAGAAUCAAAGCACAGAACAGAUCUCUAUAUAAUUAACAUCUGCAGUGUUAAUCAUGAGUUGUUAGAGAGAAUGCAUCAGUUUUCAGAACUGCCAAUGCAAUAAACAAAGCAUAAUAUUAUCAAUGGACUUGUAAAUAUUCUGUCUUUACAUUUAUUUUUCUGUGACAUGUAUACAUCAUUGUUGUGAUUUAUUCUUGUUUUUAAAAAAAAUGUGUAUCAAA